CAUCAUUUAAUACAUGUAUCUGUUUUACUUGGGGUGUGCACUAUCUCUGUGUUAAUAUCUAUCUAUCUAUCUAUCUAUCUAUCUAUCUAUGUAUGUGACAGUCUUGUUGUCUGUCUGGUGGAAGCGUGAAGCAGCAUCAUCAACCUCAAAGUGAACUGCAGAUAACCCCAUGACGUGGCAGACACAGUAUGGAAAGCCUAUAUAAUAUUCACGGUGCCCGCAUGUAUCUGGUGGUGGUCUGAGCCGCUUGGUAAAGCUUUGCAGGCUAUCUGACUUCAGUCUAGAUGAAGGAUGAGCUUCUCAGACAUAGACGUUGUCCAUCCUGCUGAUGCUCCCUCGUCUCGUCGUAAACUCUUGUGCACCCUCUGGUGCUUGCUAGUCUCCCAAACUUCUUUGUGUAGCCUGCUUUGCAGAUUGUCUUCCUUGUCUGUGUGGUUGCUCAUUAUUCAGAGACAGACGGAUCUCAGGUCAUCUGCAGCUGCAGCAAAGGAGAAGCAGGAAAGAUGGCGAUCAUCCAUUAGACCGACCGGGCGCACGCAUGAAAUACGAGGACAACUUUUGGGAGGAUCGCUUGAGGAGAAGAUUGUACCAGUUUCCCUGAUUUUCCAGGGAGUGCUCCCCCAUUUCAGUGAUGGAGGUAUUGCAGUGUGAUGGCUGUGACUUCCGUGCCGAGUCAUAUGAUGAUUUGAAGACCCACAUUCAGGAAGUACACACUGUUUUCCUGCAGCCUGCAGAUGCAGAUGAGUCUGACUCGUUGAAAGGCGAGGAUGAAGAUGAGGAAGAGGAGGAAUAUGAGGAUAAGGAUGACAAGGAUUAUACGCCUCCUAAAGCUGGAAUGAGCCCCAACUCUACUGACGGUUCCAAUCAAACAUCACAGAAGCAGACAGCUGAAACCCAUCUGCAAUUUUACCAAUGCAAGUUCUGUGUCCGUUACUUUAGAUCAAAGUCAUUCUUGAGAAAUCACAACAAAAAGGUGCAUAACGUUGUAGAGGAAGAUUCAGUGGAAAGUAUCUCCUCACAGACAGCAAAGCAGCCCAGCUAUACAGUUAUAAUGCAUAAUGACCAUUCAAAGGUGUAUUCCUGUCAGUAUUGCACAUACAGGUCUCCACGAAAAGCAAGGAUAAUAAAACACCAAAUCAUGUAUCAUAACAAAGUUCGCUCAGAAGGUGCUGGAGAUGCUUCAGAAUAUGCUGAGACCGGAGAGGAAUCUGCCUCAGCCAGUGGACUCAUGAAGGGAACGUUCGCCUGUGAAUGGUGUGACUAUCAGACUGACCAGAAGGACAACUGGACUAAUCAUGUGGUGAAGGAACACAGUGACAAAGUCAAGAUAGUUUCUUCCAUUGAGGAGCUGGAAGGGGAGGCCAGUGCAAGCUCGCCCAAACCAGAUUCUCCCUCCUCUUCCCAAAGCCCGAAUAUAUCAAAGAAAAGCUUCACGGAUGAUUGUGGAAAUGAGGAGUCGGGUGGAAAAACACCAGAAAACACGUUGGAGAAAUCAGUUGCAGAGAUCUCAACUUUUCAAUACGCACAGAUUAGUGAGGUUACACCCAACAGCACAGGUACCUCCAUUGUGUCCAAGAGGUUUGCUUCAUCCGAUGUCUCCAACAGUGGUAUAGAGAUGGAUGCAAACUUACUCAAUGAAGAAGAUUCUAGGAGCAGCUUGGAAGAUGAUGAUGAAGAAGAGUUGGGUGAUAUAGAUGAUCCCAGCUAUACUGGAACCCUAUCAGCAGAUGCAAAGCAGCUUUUGACUGAUGAGGAUAAUAAAUUGCUGGAGACUAAAGGAAUACCAUUCAGGAAGUACAUGAACCGCUUUCAGUGCCCGUUUUGCUCCUUCCUCACCAUGCACAGGCGAAGCAUCUCCCGCCACAUUGAAAACAUUCACCUUUCUGGUAAAACCACAGUGUAUAAAUGUGAUGAAUGCCCAUUUAUUUGCACCAGCCCUCUUAAACUAGGCACACACAAACAGAGUCACAGUUCCUCAGAUUUAGAGACCAUGGACCUGACAAGUGAUAGUCCAGAACCUCACAAUGACAAUGCUGCAGAGCCAGUUAAUGGGGGUAAUGUAAGUUCCAAAGUCAAUGGAAAAAAGACAACCAGCACAUUGAACGACCAGCAGAACCCUCAUCGUUGCACGCUCUGCAGCUUCUCUACCACCACUCUGAAAGGUCUGAGGGUUCACCAGCAGCACAAGCAUUCCUACUGUGAUGACCUAGAUCCCACUGUCUUUGAAAGUCAGCUGACAGACCAGCUGGAAGCUGAAGCGGAUGCUUCUCCGAUCUUUCUACAAAAAACUCAGACUUCCAUUUUAGGACUUGCCACCAAAAAGCCCUUAGUAACAGGGAAAAGAGCCAGGAAGUCCAUUAAUGACUUGCCUUUGGAUUUGUCCUCAGUCAAGAAGAGAACUAGAAUUGAUGAAAUUGCCAGUAACCUUCAAAGUAAGAUUAGCCAAAGCCAACAGGACAUGAUCAUAAAUCUGGAUGACAUGGAUGAUGAAGAUGCAGGAGAAAAUCAUGCCAGUGCUGAUAAAGUGGGCAGAAACCAUGACAGCAAAAGCCCCGUCUUUGCUUACAACACACAGCAGCUUCAUGCAAGAGAAUCAACAAUCUCUCACGAGGGAGGCAGAAUAGGAAAAAGGAAAAGCAACCCUAAAUCAAAACCUAGAAACAUUCCCAUAUCACUGACUCUUUCAGAUGAUAGUGAAAACAUCUCUGGUGACCCAAGCGACAGUAGGGAAGCUAUCCAAGAGAACAGUGAAUAUUCAGAAGAACCUGGAACUACACGUUUCUACUGUAAACACUGUGAUUACCACAACAAGUCGGCUCGUAGCGUCAGCACCCACUAUCAGAGGAUGCACCCUUACAUCAAAUUCAGCUUUAAGUACAUCCUGGACCCCGAGGACCAGAGUGCAGUCUUUCGUUGCUUGGAGUGCUACAUUGAAUACACAAAUUACAACGAUCUACACCAACACUACAUGGAUCACCACCCUGAAGCAAGCAAUGUGCUCAACUUCAACCAACCAAAUCUGGUAUACAUGUGCCGCUUUUGUUCGUACACGAGCCCCAAUGUCAGGAGUCUAAUGCCCCAUUACCAAAGAAUGCAUCCAACAGUAAAAAUUAACAAUGCUAUGAUCUUCUCCAGCUACGUAGUGGAGCAGUCCCACAAGACCGGUGAAUCGCAAACUCUGAGGGAAAUAUUAAACUCUGGCCCCAAAAGUUUUAACGCCACUUCGACUCCCAGGUCCUCCUCAAGCCCAGGACCAAAAACAGUCUCCAAGACCCCUGAAGCCAGCGCUGAGACAGACUCCCUCAAAGAAGCAAUGGGUGCCAAUGUUGUUGUAUACGAUUGUGAUGUUUGUUCUUUUGCAAGCCCCAACAUGCACUCUGUUUUGGUCCACUACCAGAAGAAACACCCAGAGCAAAAGGCAUCUUAUUUCCGUAUUCAAAAGACCAUGAAGGUUAUCUCAGUGGAUCAGUCACAGCCUGUUGCCAACUCUUCAUUUAACCUCAACAUGGCUACGCCUUCCAAACAAUCAAGUGCAGCACUGUAUGGAUCAGAUGAAGAAAUGUACUACUGUAAACACUGUGUGUACAGCAACAGAUCUGUUGUUGGUGUGUUGGUCCAUUACCAAAAGAGACACCCAGAGGUAAAAGUGACAGCAAAAUAUAUUAAACAUGGUGCCCCCACCCCAGGUUUGAUGAAGUUAAUGGAUGAAUUGCAAAUAGCAACUCCCAAACAGUUUCUGAAGCAAUUUCAAAACAAUGGUCACGAUGGGUCUAACAACUCAAGCCCUAAACCAGGAAGUGGCGAGAAAGGCGAGGACGAGCUGUUCUUUUGUCAGCACUGUGAUUAUGGAAACCGCACUGUAAAAGGGGUGCUUAUUCAUUACCAGAAAAAGCAUAGAGAAACCAAGGCCAAUGCUGACCUUGUACGUCGUCACACUGCAGUUGUCCGGAGUCAACGUGAGCGUGCACAGAUGGUUCAGUCGAGUAGUGUCUCCACUGCGAUGGUGCCAGCCCCUACAGACUCUGAAAAUGCUACUCCCCUGCGUUCCCUGAAGUGCAGGCACUGUUCCUACACGUCACCCUAUGUCUAUGCUCUGAAGAAGCAUCUGAAGAAAGAGCACCCCACUGUGAAAGCCACAGCCAUGACCAUUUUACACUGGGCUUAUGAAGAUGGCAUUCUGGAGGCUGGCUACCACUGUGAGUGGUGCAUUUACUCCCAUGCUGAACCCCAAGGCCUGCUGCUCCAUUACCAAAGACGCCAUCCUGAGCACAAUGUCGAUUACACAUACAUGGCCAGCAAGCUAUGGGCUGGGCCAGAGACCACCCAACAAGGGGGCAACCUGGAAACUAAACAUUACAAAUGCAGAGACUGUGCUUUUGAGGCCUGUACAAUAUGGGACAUAACCAGUCACUAUCAGGCAGUCCAUCCUUGGGCCAUUAAAGGGGAUGAAUCUGUGCUUUUGGAUAUCAUCAAAGGAAAUGGCUCAGCUGAAAAGAUCCACCAGCAGGUUGCCAAUGAACAUGCGUCUUUCAAUUGCCAGUCGAUUGAAGAUGAUGGCGCUCUGGUCAUUGCCACCCCACCUCAAGAAAGCAACACCCAUCCUACCCACCCCCGUCUUUCCAUCUCUAAUAAUCCUUAUCAGUGUACUGUAUGUCUGUCAGAAUACAAUAGUCUCCAUGGCCUCCUCACUCACUAUGGAAAGAAACACCCGGGCAUGAAAGUAAAAGCUGCAGAUUUUGCACAGGAAGCAGACAUUAACCCCAGUUCUGUGUAUAAAUGUCGUCACUGUCCAUAUGUAAACUCACGUAUCCAUGGCGUACUCACUCACUAUCAGAAAAGACACCCAUUAGUGAAAGUCACAGCAGAGGACUUUGCUAAUGAUAUAGAGGAAAUCAGUGACAUAAAUGAUGGUGAUGACAAGUGCAAAACUCAAAGGCAGGGCUUCGGCGCAUACAGAUGCAAAAUGUGCCCAUACACACAUGGGACACUGGAGAAACUCAAAAUCCAUUAUGAAAAAUAUCACAAUCAGUCGGCCUCUGAUAUGUUCACGCCUGCUCUGACAAAUUUCUCCUCCGGUAAGGACACAGAGCCAGUAGCCGAAUGCAGUGCCAGUAAUAUAUCAAGCGCAGCAAAAGUCCAAGAGGUCAGUGAAUUGGACUUCGCUCUCUCUCAGUUACCCAUCAAUAAGACAGAGAAACAUGCUAUAUUCAAGUGUCAGCUCUGUAAAUACUUCUGCUCCACCAGGAAAGGCAUUGCUCGCCACUACCGUAUCAAGCACAACAAUGUCCGUGCUCAGCCUGAGGGCAAAAACAAUGUCUUCAAAUGUGCACUGUGCGCGUACACAAACCCUAUACGCAAAGGCCUGGCAGCUCACUAUCAGAAGCGGCAUGAUAUUGAUGCCUAUUAUACCCAUUGUCUGGCUGCUUCCAAGACUAUGACCGAGAAACCCAACAAAGUGAUGGCACCCCCGCCAUCUGAAGCAGACAAUUCAGAAAUGAGUGAAGACUUGCGUUUGGCCGUGGAGAGACGAAGGUGUUCUCUUUGCGCCUUCCAGGCCUUCAGCAGGAAGAGCAUUGUCUCACACUACAUUAAACGCCACCCAGGUGUCUUCCCCAAAAAGCAGCAUGCUAGCAAGCUUGGUCGCUACUUUACAGUUAUCUAUGCCAAAGAACCAGAGAAAGUUGCUGUCAGUGCAAUGGCAGAGGAUGACAAGGAAGUGCUGGAGGUGCCGCUUGAACCCGAGCUGGACAGAGAGGCUGAAUGGCUGCCAUUCAAGUGUCUAAAAUGCUUCCGGUUGUCCUUUAGCACAGGCGAGCUGCUAUCUAUGCACUACAACGACCAUCACAGCACUGACUUGAAGAGGGACUUUGUCGUGUCACCCGGUCCCGAGGAUGAUGAGGACUCUGAGUUGUACCAGUGUUCUCAUUGUGAACUCAAGUUUCUGGCUCUCCCAGUCCUGGCCAAACAUCUAUUCAACCACAAUGAGGAGUUUCAGAAGAGGGCCAUGAGGCAAGAGAGGAGGAGGCAGCUUCUCAGCAAACAGAAAGCUUCAGAACUACCUGAGACCAAACCUGAGAAGGAAAGCCCUGUAAAUAAAACUCCCAUAGGAUUCAGAUGCAACUUCUGUGUAGAGGUGCACCCCACCCUCCGAGCCAUCUGCAACCACCUUAGGAAGCAUGUCCAGUAUGGAGAGGUCAAAGAGGGACAUGUCAAGCAGGAAGUCAGUGAGGUCCCACUGACCCUGCCUUCAGAGAGCCUAACGAACGGCGACCUGGAGAGAGAUGAAGCAGCUGAAGCCGAUGGCUUCGAGAGUCCAGCAGCUACAACGAUGGGCCCACCUUUGGAUUCCCCAGGCUCUGGUGGUGUUGCUGUUGCCGUGGAGACACUGGAACCGGUAUUGGAUGCCGUUGAGGGUAGGGCAGCAGCCCUUGUGGCUGCAGCAAGGGCUGUGGCAUCAGGGGGCCCAAUGAAGCAGCGACUAGCGGCAGGGGGCCACCCAUGCGCCCAGUGUGACCGAGUCUUCAUGUCCAUGCAGGGACUGAGAUCCCAUGAGAGGAGCCACUCAGCCAUGGCGCUCUUUAAUAGAGAGGACAAAUACAGCUGCCAGUACUGCCAGUUCGUCUCACCCUUCAGACACAAUCUGGACAGACAUGUGCAGUCUCACCACGGGCACCACAAGCCCUUCAAGUGCAAGCUCUGCCCCUUUAAAUCUGCCUACGUGAGUCGCUUGAAGAGCCACCUGCAUAAGGCACACACAGGUGAGCAGCACAUGUACAAGUGCUUGUCGUGCCCCUUCUCCUCUAUGACCAUCAGCCAGCUGAAGGAGCACUCUCUGAGAGACCAUGGUGAGACCCUGACCCUCCCCAAACUCCGGGCUGCAACCCAGGCAGCUCAUGGCACCCUCAGGCCCUCCCGGCUGGCCGGUAACACAGAGCAGACUCCCAUGACCCCGGAUGACCCAUCAUACCUGGAGCCAGCGGAUGUUCGUCAGCAGCUUAGUCAUUAUCAGCUGGCCUCCCGCAGUCAAAUGUCUUCCGGCUCAACACCUGGUGGCUCCACAGUGGCUGACAAUCGACCAGACGGCAUCCUCACUUGUGAGUUCUGUGAGUUUAGCUCUGGAUACAUGCAGAGCCUACGCCGGCACUACAGAGACCGCCAUGGUGGCAAGAAGCUCUUCAAGUGUAAAGACUGCUCCUUUUUCACCUGCUACAAGAAUACUUUCACCAUGCACGUGGAGGCCGGUCACAACAACAACACAACUGAGGACCUCCCAAAAGACCUGCGCUGUCCUCUCUGCCUCUACCACACCAAACACAAGAGCAAUAUGAUUGACCACAUUGUCCUGCACAGAGAGGAGCGUGUGGCUCCACUGGAGGUGAGCCGCUCUAAGCUUUCACGCCACCUUCAGGGCCUGGUGUUCCGUUGCCACAAAUGCACCUUUACAUGCUCCAGUGACCAAGCCCUGCAGCUGCACCUGCAGAAGCACGCUGAAAUCAAGCCCUACCAGUGCCAGCUCUGCUAUUAUGACAGCAGUCGACGGAGCCAGCUAGAGGAGCAUCUUCGCCUUGAGCACAAGGUUAUCCGUAACUUUGAGCUGAUGGGCCGGGUCAACCUGGACCAUCUGGACAUGAUAAAGGGACAAGGGAGCAGCACAGAUGAUGAAGAGGAGAAAGAAAUUAUGGAUAUGGUGGUAGAUGGAAAAGUCACUGUGGAGGAGGACGAGGAUGAAGGGAUGGCAAUUAUGGAGAACAUGAUGGAGGAACAGAGAGAGAUGGAUGAUGAAGAGAUGGAGAACAACAUCAAAGAGGAAGAGGAGUAUGAGGAAGAAGAGGAGGAAGUAAAGGAGGUGGAAGAAGAAAAGACCACCAUACAAGGGGUUCUUGCAUCUCCUACCAGCAGCAGCAGCAGUAGCUCUGGACCGGGCGUUGUAGAGAAACGUCUUCCCUGUGAGUUCUGUGGCCGCUGCUUCACCAACAGCUUUGAGUGGGAACGCCAUGUUCUUCGACAUGGCAUGAUGGUUAACAACAGUCGAAUGGACACCAGCACCACCUCAGCAGUAGAAGCCUCAGCUCCAUCUUCCACUGGCACCUCUGCCUUGAUGGACAUGGGAUUGGACCUGUCCAGCAACUCAAAAGAGGAAGAGAACCCUGCAGAUCCAUCACAGAGAAGUCAAAGCCAGUAUAUGGAAGACAAAGAAAUGCUUGACACCAAAAAGGAUCAACUGUUUGGUUAAACAGAUUGUGGCCUCUCGGGAUAUUGUGCUAGAAUAUGAUGAAACUGGGUAGGAUCAGCACUGAGUUGGAUGAUGAUUAAAAUAGGACGUUAAAGGAAACAAAAAUAUUGAAACUGAAAAAGUGACUUCUUAUGAGUUGGCGCAUUAUUAGAUUUUAGGUGUUACAUAUAUAAGUAUUAGGUUGUGCUGCAUAAAACGGCUGAGCUCUUUAAAUGGGCAGUCCCCUAGGACAGAUCUUAUAUAUUGGUAACCAAUAGUGAACAGAACUCUUUAUUGCUGACAUUCUGGUCAAAUCUACAGUGAAAGAUCCCACCUAGAUAAAACUAAGCUAUUUAUAAAGAAUGUUGUCCAAAACUAAAA